AUGGAUUCUAAUUUUGUUGCAUCAGAAAUUGUGGAAAAAUUGCGACAAAAUCACACUGCUCGUAUUGAUGAGCUCUGGGAGAUCAUACGUACUAAGUAUAAUCAUGAGCUUUCUUACUAUAAAGUAUGGGACGCAAAACAAAAGGUAAUUGCUAAGAUAUUUGGGGAUUGGGAGGAGUCUUACCAAAGGUUGCGGAAAUUGUUGUUGGCAUACUUGGAUCAGGACUCAGGUACCAAGUACAGCUAUCACACCAUACCUAGGCCAUACGAAGGUAUUGCGGUACUGUGCUAUGUAUAUUGGGCAUUCGCUCCAUGCAUUACUGCAUUCAAAUAUUGCAGGCCAGUGAUCAGUAUUGAUGGAACUCAUUUGUAUGGUAAAUACAAAGGGGUGUUGAUGAUUGCAAUGGCAACUGAUGCUAACCAAAAGGUUUUGUCUCUCGCCUUUGCUGUUAUAGACAGGGAGUCAGGACCUAGUUGGGGUUGGUUUUUAGAGUGUCUCAGGACUUCCAUAGAGCAUGUCAUACCUAAGGAUGGCAUUUGCAUUAUUUCUGACCGACAUAAAGGUAUCAGAUGCGCCAUUCGAGAGUGGCGUAAAGGUGAGGACGGAAGAGAACAGGUAUAUCAUCGAUAUUGCCUUCGACAUGUUGCUAGCAACUUCAACACAAAAUUUAAGGACUCGACUCUAAAGGCAUUGGUCUUGAAAGCUGGAUAUGCGACUCAUGAAGCAAAAUUCACAUCCAUAAUGCAAACCAUUAAGGAGGUCGAGAUUAAUUUACUGAGGGGUGUAAACCCUACUGAUCGCCACAUCCUACGCUAUAUGCCAUACACAUAUCUAAUGAGUGAGGAUGUUGACAAAUGGACCCAGUCACAGGAUGGUGGAAGACGUUACGGGGCAAUGACAACCAAUAUCUCUGAGUGUUUUAAUGGGGUACUUAAAGGUGCCCGCGGUUUGCCCAUUGCUGCAAUGGUUGAGUUCACAUGGUCCAAACUUGUUGCAUAUUUCUACGAUCGACAUGAAAAAAUUCUUUCUGAUCUCUCUCAAGGUAAGGUGUGGAGUGAUUAUGCAAUGGAGAUCUAUAACAAAAAUGAGCAGAAAACUGCAGGACACACUCUGAGCAAUUUUAAUCAUGAAAUUGGUGUAUAUCAAGUGGUUACCCCGUAUAACGACCAUAGAGGUGGAGGGGGAAACCACAGUCAUGAAGUGCACGUAAUUGAGCAAACAUGUGGUUGUGGAAAGUGGCAAAACUUGAAGAUCCCUUGUUCACAUGCAAUUAAAGUUCUUAAAGGUCUGCACCUCGAUGCAACCAGCUAUAUUGACCCAUGUUACAGUUUGAACAACGCCAUUCAGACAUAUUCACAUCAUUUUGUGGUGCCAAAAUCAGAGUCAUUGUGGAGGGAUGUUCGCGGACCACGGUGGGUGCCUGACCCACAGCUGUUGCGGGGUAAAGGUCGUCCUGUGAAGUCAAGAUUAAGGAAUGAAAUGGAUGGGAUACGACGAGAACGGGGAAGCCGGAGGGAAGAUCCGGACUUAAGGGAGAUUCAACCAAGGCAACGAUGUGGAGUGUGUCAUCAAGAGGGGCAUAACCGCAGAUGUUGUCCCAAUUCCCAUGGGGCUUUGACAAGUGGUAGUGCUGCAAACUAG